CCACAGUUUCGUCUUGUUUGUGUACAGAAGCAUUCUCCUCUCUCGUCGUUCUCAGUCUUUCGUGAUCGGGGCAGACUGUCGUACAGUUAGACAACCAUGGAUUACAUAUUUGACAUUGUGCUUAUGAAGGGUUCCCCUUGGGGGUUUCGCCUGACUGGUGGAAGAGAUUUCGGUUCGCAGCUCAGAAUAGCUAUGGUAACACACGGGAGUGAAGCGCAGGAACAACAAAUUGUUCCCGACGAUCGCAUCCUUGAGCUAAACGGUGUAGAGUGUGCCGCUUUGACCCACGGCGAAGCUCAGCAAGAAAUUAAACGGGCGGGACAGACACUUAUGUUGACGUUGGCUCGUAAAACAGAACUGGGAAUCCAACCAAAAGUUCAAUAUGAAAUAAAACCGAGAGUUGAAUGGCAACCGCAACAGCCACGUGGAACGCCUGCAUUUGCGGAAGAAACAGCCACUAGAGCGUUGGAAAAACUGAACACAGAUGAAAUUGAUGGCGGAAGGAUAGGAAGACGCGAAAGCCCCGAAGGAGAAGAAGAUCAGGACAUCAUACAAGGUCGAACGUUCAAGAUGCUGCAGAAGGCAACGGAAAGCCCGGAUGGUCAAUCAUGGCCAUCCAGACUUGCGUCUGGUGGAGCUGCUGAUGGAGACGGGAAGAGCGGGUCUUCGCCUGCUUUGAAUUUAAGACGAGGUGAACAGCCACAGCAAGAAGCCGGGUCUUCACUUAGAAGAACAGUAGUGCAGAUGAAGCCGACUGUUACAGAGCAGACUACUAUACUGAUGUCAGACGCUACUGCAUCUUCAAUGUCACAAAAAACGCAAGGCCAAACCACUGUUACUCAAGCAAUGGCUGCAUCUUCGAUGUCACAAAAAACGCGAAGCCAAACCACUGUUACUCAAGCGAUUGCUGCUUCUUCGAUGUCACCGAAAACACAAGGCCAAACCACUGUUACUCAAGCGAUGGCUCCAUCGACAAAGGUGACAUCUCUCUCAGCUAAUUCGUUUUCCAUCUCGCAAACUCCGGCUACAACUGGUGCUACUAGUUUUACUGUUAGCCCUUCUAAUUCUUCAACUGUACAGAAGGCAGCGAGUUUUGAUACUUCGCAAGGAAGCACUCGGCAAGCAACAACUCAGCGAAGUUUAAGUAAUUCAGUGACUAAUCCGAGCCAGAUCAGUGAAGAAACAUCGCCUUGGCUGCAGAAAGCAGACAAUGGUGAAUGUCAAGAUGCACCAAAACCACCCGAGAGCACAGAACUCAGAAUUAUAGAUGACGAUGAUGUGCAGCCAAUACGGCAAGGACGCACGUUCCGUCUUCUGGCACAGGCCACAACGAAUGAUCCUCCAGCCGAUGCAUACAAGGCUGUGUUUGAAGAGGGGAAGCUAAGUAGGGCACAUAAGAAAUGAACAUUUGUAGCUGUUCAGAGACUCAGCAGAUACUACUAGUAGAGAUGAUGAUAUGGAAACUUAUUAAAAUGAGAAAUUAGCAGGUAGAUGAUUAGUUUUCUUGUAGAUGACUGCAACUGAAAUUAUAGAGUGUGGUAGUUACAUGUGGUUGGUGUGUAUGAUUUGCUACCCUUGAAAAUCAUGAAUGAAUGAAUUGUUGUAUACCCA